CGUGUCAGUUACCUACAUAAGUCGUUAUUUAAAAACUGUAUGUACUGCUUCAGUUUGUAUCACAACUGUACGCAUUCAGUUGGUUGUGUGCAGUCGAACGCUGGAAUUUUAGUGUCAGUGACGUAAGGUAGCCGUUGUUUGACAUCUAUAUGAACUGCCUAUGUGCGGAUAUCAUUUAUGAACUAAACUAUGUGUAUAUGUGUACUCUAUCUAUAAAACAUGACUACAGACAUGCUCCUUGGGGACAGAGACCAGCUUCACUCAAAUCCUGAUGGAUGUGUCUACCACACAGAUCAACACAGAGGGAGGGAUGUGUUCCUGUAGACUGACUGUGUCACAGACAACACAGGUGGACAUGUUCCCUGUUAGCUUGGCAGUACAGUGUGAUACAUACAUGCUUAUACCGAAGUGGGGGGACCAGUACACAGUGUACAAAUGGUGCUGUUCAGUCUCCACCUGCACAGACUCACACCGUCUCCACUGGUGAGGAGAUAUGGAUCCUGGUGGUGGCUACAAAACCUGGAGUCAAAAUACUGUCAGGACAGCUGCAGUUCAAGGAUAAGCAACAAUCAGGUGGUGUCUUUGCUGCUGGAGUUGCUACAGGCACCGUGUUGGUCCUCACCGCUGGCGGACUGUACGUCGUCAUAUCAAGGCGACAAUGGUGGACAUCCCGCCAUAAGAAGCCCGACGACUUCCCAAUCUCUGAUGUCCACCCCACCUACUCUGGCUUCACAUCCAGAACAGAGGAGCCCAUAAACACCUAUGACAAAAUAGACCCAAAACACUCCAAGGGACGGACAAUCCAUAUAUCAAUGUGUCAUAGAAAAGCAAUUUGUUCUGCGUCAUGCACCGAUUAAGUCCAGAUGUUGUAUCCCUGGAUAUCACAAUGAACUGAAAAUUAUAAUUACUUUGUAGAACAUCCGUGCAAGCAGAGACCAUCCAUGCAUAAGACUCUCAGUCAUCUAUGAUGCGGGAUACGGACAUCGGGAGAAUAGGCUUUAUCCAUGAUAUGUAAAUAUAGACAUCUUUUCGAGUGGAUAUCCAAAGUCUGUAUCUGUGAUGAGUGGAUAUAACAACUUGACGAGUAGGCUCUAAUUCUCUGGCAACAUGUGGAUACAGACAUCUUUCGAUUAGGUCCGUGUCUCCCCAAUCAUAUGUGGACAUGCUCUUUAACUGUCCUGACCUGUUAAAAUUCAUCUUUAUGUAUAUCUUGACCUAAGUCUUGUAGAAUUCAUGCACAUGGGCAUGUGUACCUGCCGAUGAAAAUCGGCUUCACACAUUGUAUCGAUUAGUUAAUGAUAUCUGGUCCUUUUAGCCUGAUAGGCAAAUGCAAGUUUAUGUAAUGUAUUUAAAUAAUGCAAACCACAAAACGCCUUACAGUGAUACACAUGUUGAUAACAAUAACACUAAAAGGUUAUUAUUAGGGAAAAUGUAUGAUGUAACCUCUAUAUUACAAAGAACAUUCAAAGACAUUUAUAGUGGUUGUCAGCUUCCAUAUUUGAACAAAAUUGACAUCGGACAAUCCUCUCAUUUUGAUCUGAAACUACUAUCCGUAGUGUACUGUACAAGGAGGGAGUUAAAUCAUGCCAAAAGAAAUUACAGGAAAACAAGCUUCCCUAAGGUGUAAGUUGACACUUAGGGCUGAACCUAAUGCAUGUAGAAGAAAAGCAAAAAUAAACACUGCAUACAGGUGUCUGUUCUUCUCUCUCCUAUGUUGUCAUCAGUGCAUGCACAUAUGCCAUUACUAUAUCAUUAAUAUAAAUAAAUAUUUGAUAUAAUGGAUCAAAUAAUUUCCCAGAUACUGUUGGAAUACACAGUAGAAAGUUUAUUUUAAAACAAGGUAAUACUGGCAUUAGGACUUGGGAUGUUUUUGCAGGUAAGGUGGCUAAAUUGUCUAAGAUAACAAAGAUAUCCGCCUUAUUGUCCACACUCCUGGUUGGUUAAGCAUGACAUGAACACACAGUCCAAAACGACUUAUACUUCAAUAUGUGUUGUGUACAUAUAUCCUUUGUAAAACAAACCUGUCUAGGAUUUUGUUUCUAACAAAUAUGUAUAUUGUUCCUGCCAUGAUCUUUCCAGACAUGCAAAAGAACUAUUUUCAGUUCAACUGGAUUAGUUAAGCAGAUAUUGGGUUGAUGAAUUACAGAAAUGCAGAAGAUGCCAUCCAGGACGUCUUUUAUGUGAGGCCUUUUUUGGUAUUAGUAUUGAUCAUAUAACCUUUGAACCAACUGCUUGAUAUACCAAUUGUAUUGAAUCAUAGCUAACUGGGCACUUCACACUAAUAAAAACUUAUAUACAU